AUGAGUGGAGACAUUCUAAUAGGAGGACUAUUUGACAUACACAUGUACUACAAAACUGAGGCUUUUAACUAUUCAAGCCCUCCACAUCUCGAACCACGGAAGAUAAGCAUGCUGCUUGAAGACUUCUACAACUUUUUAAGUUUAGUAUUUGCCGUGGAUGAGAUCAACCGCAACCCUAACAUAUUACCAAAUGUAACUUUGGGCUAUAAUAUAUAUGAUUCCUAUGUUGACCUCUUCAGAACAGUCCAAGGUGCUGUUCGUAUUUAUUCAGGAGACACUUUACAAUAUCCUAACUAUAAUUGUGAUCAGUAUGGAGUUCUUGCUGCUGUCGUUGAAGGGAUGUCAUCUAGCUUUUCUAUACAAUAUGCUAAUAUAUUUGGAAUGUAUAAGUAUCCCCAGAUAAGUUUUGUCUCUCAGGAUCCUUUACAGGGAGACAAACAGAAGUUCCCCUACUUCUACCGAACUGUUCCAAGUGAAAACACUUUAUAUGCUGGAGUAGUAGCCUUAUUAAAACACUUUGGCUGGAAAUGGAUAGGCAUUAUAUAUCCAGAUUCAGACAGCAGCAUCAAUGCUAUAAAAUUACAUAGAUUUCUAAAAACUGUAAAUUUCACGAACACAAUGGGAAAACAAAUCUGCUUUGCUGGUGAUGAAAUAUCGACUUGGUACGACAUUUAUAAUGCAGUUUAUUUACCGAAUCACACAAUUUUAUCAAUAAAUGUUGGAGAUUUUAACUAUCAUGAAGCACCUGAGAAACAGCUCACCAUUGAUACAGAGGCAAUCAUUUGGGAAAGCAAUUUUACCAAGGUUAGCUGGAUUCUGGAAAAGAUAGGAAAGAUUCCUCGAUCGGUGUGCAGUGAGAGCUGUCAACCUGGAGGCAGAAAAUCGACCUUGGAAGGACAGCCGGUUUGCUGCUAUUACUGUAUUCCUUGUCCAGAAGGACAAUUUUCCAAUCAGACAGAUGCAGUUGUAUGUAUGGAUUGUCCAGAAGAUGAAUGGCCCAACAAAGAGAAGACUGCUUGUGUUCAGAAACUUAUCACAUUCCUGUCUCAAGAAGAUCCUAUUGGCAUCGUCCUAACAUUUAUCGCUAUCUUGUCCUCUGUUACAGCUGCAGUUGUUCUUGGAAUAUUUAUUAGGUAUCAGGACACUCCAGUUGUCAAAGCCAACAAUCGAGAUCUCAGUUACCUAAUUUUAACAUCACUUAUACUCACUUCCAUCUGCAGUCUCCUUUAUAUUGAGAGGCCAGAGCGGAUAUCUUGUUUUUUGCGGCAAGCAAUUUUCGGAAUCACAUUUUCGGUAUCAGUGUCCUCCCUUAUGGCAAAAACAGUGAUUGUGGUGAUAGCCUUCAAUGCCACCAAACCUGGGAAAAGCUUAGGAAAGUGGUUGGGACCCAAAGUUCCUAAAUACAUUGUUUUCAUUAGUUCAUUUAUUCAAGUAUUUAUUUGUUUAUUGUGGCUAUUUAUAGCUCCUCCUUCUGCUUAUAAUAACACACAAGCUGAAAUGGCAAAGAUUGUUGUGGAAUGUGAUAAGACAACAGCCAUUGCGUUCUAUGUCAUAUUGGGAUAUUUGGGUGUUUUGGCAUCUAUUUGUUUUAUUGUUGCAUCUUUUUCAAGAAAACUACCUGAUGCUUUUAAUGACGCUAAACUGAUUACCUUUAGUAUGCUGGUCUUCAUCACAGUUUGGAUAUUCUUUAUCCCUACUUAUCUCAGUGCUAAAGGGACGGCCACAGUGGCAGUUGAGGUAUUUGCGAUUUUGGCCUCAUGCUCUGGGAUGCUGGGCUCAAUAUUUGCUCCAAAAUGUUACAUAAUUUUAUUAAAACCUCAGAAAAAUAGAAAAAGCUUUGUCUUGAAAGGUUCUCUAUAGUUGGGCCAUUGAUUGAAUAAAGGUCAUCACUUGUAAAUAUUAAACAAAAUUGAAAUUACUUUCUCU